UGAGCGCCAAUAAAAGCCGCGGAGCGACUGAGAAACCCCUACAGAUAGGCAACAGCAGCACGUUUGAUGCUCGGUUUUGCUCCAGGCUUCGCAUCCGGACCGACCGGCGCCAUGCAAAUUCAGAGCAACAUUCAGAGUGUCAAUUCGAUCUUCGGGUGCAACGCGUCCGGCCACAGUGGCAUCAAUCAGCUGGGCGGGGUCUACGUGAAUGGGCGACCGUUGCCGGAUUCGACGCGCCAGAAGAUCGUCGAGUUGGCUCACUCGGGAGCUCGGCCCUGUGACAUCUCACGCAUCCUGCAGGUUUCUAAUGGAUGCGUGAGCAAGAUUCUGGGUCGCUACUACGAAACGGGAUCGAUCAAGCCGAGGGCCAUCGGAGGCAGCAAGCCCAGGGUGGCCACAGCUCCGGUUGUCAACAAGAUCUCGGACUACAAGGCCGAAUGUCCGAGCAUUUUCGCCUGGGAAAUUCGCGAUCGACUUUUGUCUGAAGGCGUUUGUAACAAUGAUAACAUUCCUAGCGUAUCUUCCAUCAAUCGAGUUUUACGCAAUUUGGCCUCGAACAAGGAAACUUCAACACCCAGCAACGAAACGGUCUACGAGAAGAUCAAACUCUUCAACAACACCAGCAGUCACUGGACCUGGUGCCAGAACAUCGGAGGCGGACAGUUCAAUUUUAGCUCACAUCCCAUUUCGCAUCUGUCGCUCAAAAGUCCCACGGAUCAACCACAACCACAAUCGAAACCAGGUGAAGACAUGUCGGACAAAUACUCAUCCGAGGACGACGAAGAUUCUGAGCUAAGGCUGAAGCUGAAGCGCAAACUGCAACGUAACCGGACUUCUUUUACCAAUGAGCAGAUCGAGAACCUGGAAAGAGCAGAAUUCGAGCGGACUCACUAUCCGGAUGUGUUUGCCAGGGAGCGGCUUUCGGAGCGGAUCCAGCUACCGGAAGCCCGGAUACAGGUAAUGUUGGUUGUUGGCUUUGGUUGAUCGCGAUCGUAUCCGUGGUCCAGGUAAGGGAUCCGGAGAUUAACGAGGUCGUUCAACAGGUAAUUGAUGAGUUUCAAUGUUUUCUCCGACAAACUGACAAAGGUUUUUAUCAAAAGGUUUUUUUUUAUCGAUGUUUCAACCGUAUAGAAUGUGUCCUUUUUCGAAAAUACUUCUAUUCAACAGAGUUUAUUUAGGUUGGCUGUGACCCCGGCAGAAGGUUUCUACAAUGGAGCAUGAAGAUUCUACUUUUUGGUAAAAUAAAUAGUUGCAGGUUUCAUCUAUAUGUUCA